ACCUCCCCUUCUCCUCUUUCUUCUCCGCCGCUUAUCUUCGUCGGAUCAAUACCUCUUUGCUGUCCUGCAACCAGUCUGGACGUCGCUGGCCCUAAUCAAUUUUUUAGUGCUUCCUUCCGGCUGAUGGAGCUUGUUCUUCCAAGAUGGGUUGCUGCUUUUCCUCAUCUCGCGACAGCGAUAAUUCGGCCUAUGCAGCGCAGGUAGCCACGGAAGAGCGGCGUCGCGAAUCGUCUCCUCAUCGAGCGAUUACAACCAGCAAUGCGCUCUCUGGCACCAACGCUUCUACUAGCACACGCGGCGCCCGGACUAUCCGGAAUGAUCACUUUACUCUCAGCCAGCACUACAACGCCCCUAUUCGUCGUCAUGUCUGGUAUAGCAAACGACGGUUGUGGAGUCGGGCGCAGCUUGAUCAGGAGCGCACGGCAUUCUUCGAGACCAGAGUCACGGGUCGCCCGGAAAUCUGGGCUGCUCUGUCUGCAGCAGUGUCUCUAAUGCGGGCUGGCGAUUUGUCAACAGCACAGACCAUUAUUGAUGCAGCUGGCAUCACAGUCCCAACCGGCGAUCUCUGCCAGGGUUGCUACGACGAACAAGGCGCACUUUAUCGGUUACCACAAUGCAUUGUGAGCGACCCUGAGAACAUGGUUCGAUCGGUGCAUGAUCAGGAGGACGAAUUCGACACCGACGAUGGCAGGUUGUCCUCGGACGAAGCUUCAGGGGAUGAUCUGAUCGCAACCGACGUCGACCUGGAACGCCGGCGUGAUGAGAAGGGGAAGACCAGCGAGCGGGAUUUGAUUCGCGUGCGAGCACGGCUGAGUGACCGUGGAGGUCCGGACAUUGACUUGUCGGUGGGCAAGACCGAGAAUGUUGGCUUUAUUGCACGUAAAGUGCAGCAGGAAGCAGUGAUCCCUCGCAGUUACCGCGUAAGAAUUGCCUACCUGGGCAAGAUUCUGAAGGAGCACCAGCCCCUGGUCGACCAGGGUUGGAACCCAGGCCAUGUCGUCAACGCAUUAGUGGUCCCGCGACAUGUCCUUUCAUGACAGUUCACGAACGGUUGAGAACGUGCCUGAUCUAUUUGACAUCAAUAAUGCUUAUGCACAACCUACCCGGCUUCUGCAGCUCUCUUUCAACAGAUCAGCAUGCCACAUCGAUGGCUGAUUCGAGAUGACUCCGUGGGUCAGACCCUACCUUCAGGCCCUUUGACUUCAACCCUUACCGCGUCUUACCGCAUUUUCUCAGGGUGCCAGCUUCAUCCGUCACCCUACUUGACACAACGAUUUUACAUUGCAACUAAUGACAGUCUUGCAUAUUACGCUCAUCUCCUCUCACAUUUGUUCUGGUGCUUUAUUUUAAUCUUUCCUGCUGUUCGCAUAAUACCCCCGCCUACGUUUGGCUGAUCUUUCCUGCCUCUCCGCUGU